CUCUUUCUUUGUCUUAAUUCUUUAUCUUGCAACCCCUCCCCCCCCCCCCCAAACACACACACCUUUUCUCAACUUCAUUCAAGUUUUCAAUGGAGAAUUUGUUGGGUCUUAUGAGAAUUCGUAUCCAUAGAGGUAUUAAUUUGGCUAUUAGAGAUGUAACUACCAGCGAUCCUUACGUUGUUGUUAGGAUGGGCAAACAGAAAUUGAAGACUCGAGUGGUGAAGAAGAAUCUCAAUCCAGAAUGGAAUGAAGAAUUAACACUAUCUAUUACUGAACCAAUUCUCCCAAUCAAACUGCAUGUCUACGACAAGGAUACAUUUUCUCUCGACGAUAAGAUGGGUGAUGCAGAAGUUGAUAUAUACCCAUUUAUAGAUGCGGUGAGAAAACGCUUCAAGAACAUCCCGAGUGGAACCAUAAUCACAAAAAUAAAGCCAAACAGGCAAAAUUGCUUCUCUGAAGAGAGCUCCAUUGUCUGGGAAAAUGAUCAGGUUGUUCAAAAUGUGUUUAUCAGAUUGCGAAAUGUUGAGCGUGGCGAAAUUGAGCUACAAUUGCAGUGGAUUGACGUUCCUGGUUCUAAGGGUGUGUAGGUUGUAGCUACUUAUAUCUCCCUGUUAUUCUGUCCAUCAUGUACAGUGAGUAUCCUCUCUUGGUGUCCGAUUAGCUUCAUGUUUAUUAGCUCGUCUCCCUUCUUUAAUCUGUAAGUUAUGGCGAGAUGUUUGUGGUCUUUCCUUUUUUUUUUGGUUAAAUUUUAUGUUUCUAUGAAUAUUGAAGUUACCAUAUGAACUACCCAGUUUAUCAUCA